GCGAAGAAAACACGUGGAUUUGGACACCGUGUGCCCGACAAAAAUAAAAUCCGUUUACGAGGUCGUUAUUUGCGUGGCAUUUUAAACUCCGACUAUAAAUACAGCUAGAAAAUAUAUUUUGUUUAUUGAUCAUUCUACUAACUAAAAAUCAUAAUGUUUCUCAACUGGAUAUGGGAUAUUCUCUUUUAUUUUGGAUUUUACAAGCGGGCCAAACUAAUGAUAGUAGGGUUGGACAACGCUGGAAAAUCAACUAUGCUGUCUCUUCUUAAACAUGGGAAACUGGUUCAACACUCACCGACCGCCCGACCGGUUUCAGAGGAGAUGACACUUGGCGGGAUCACGUUUACAGCGUAUGAUUUAGGGGGUCAUGAAAUGGCCAGAAGGCUUUGGAAGGACUACAUGCCUGCCAUGAACGCAGUAGUGUUUAUUGUUGAUGCGUCCGACAAAAUCAGAAUAUCGGAAGCGAAAACACAACUAAAGGGUAUAUUAGAGAGUGAAUUGCCAAUAGACGUUCCCGUAGUUAUAUUGGGGAAUAAAACGGAUAAACCAGGAUGUCAUGGCAGGGUAGAGUUAUUAGAAAAUCUCGAAAUACAAGAAGAUGUUCAGAAAUACGGUGAAAACAAUCAGCAGGGUCGACAAUGCCAGCUAUUUAUGACCAGCAUGCUCUACCGUCAGGGUUAUGGAGACGCCUUCCGGUGGCUCGCUGCUCAGCUAUAGGAUGAACAAUUUUAAAACUGCUACUAACUGGAUAAAAGACUUCUUUGUGCGAGUGAUUAGUAGCAAGAUUGAUAUGAAAUGUUAAUAGAGUUUUUCAUUGAGAUAAUAAUAAAACGAUUAACACUAAACCAUUUAUUUCAUCGAUCAUAAAAAAAAUAAUGCAGAAAUAAAAAAAUAAUGCAGAAAUAAAUGCAUUUAAUUAUCAGUUAAGCCUGGCGGUACAUAAAUUUGUUAAAUGAAAUAUUCUUUAUUUCGUCAUAGUUGUUUAUAUACAUUAUAUGCGUGUACUACUUUAUGUCGACUUUGCGACAAAAUAUGAAUGAUAACGUUAGCCUCGUGUGGUUAAUGUUGCCUAUUUCAAUAUAUAUGUACUGUUGAUUUGAAUAAUAAAACCUUACUGCAACCAAGGCGGUAAA